AUGGCGCUUAAGCAGCCGGUGGGUCAGAAGCGCCUGACCAACGUGGCGAUUGUUCGAAUGAAGAGCCACGGCAUGCGCUUUGAGAUUGCAUGUUACAAGAACAAGGUCCUCAACUGGCGCGAAGGCAUUGAGAAGGACAUGAACGAAGUUCUGCAAACCGAGACGAUCUUCACGAACGUCUCAAAGGCAGUGAUCGCCAAGGAGAAGGACCUGCAGAAGGCCUUCGGCACCGCGGACCAGUUGGAGAUUUGCAAGAAGAUCCUGAAGGACGGUGAUGUCCAAGUCUCCGACAAAGAGCGGGAAGUACACAUGGAGAGUCUCUUCAAGGACAUCGUCCAAAUCUUGGCGGAACGCUUGGUGCACAACGAGACAGGGCGACAGCUGACGCCCCUGGCAGUGGAGUCGGCCCUGAAGAACAUUGGCUUUAGCGUGCAGCCGGAUCAGCCCGCCAAGAAGCAGGCCUUGAAGGCCAUGGACGAGAUACAGAAGAAGCUUUCUGGGAGCUUCUCCCGCGCGAAGAUGCGGGUGAGGAUGACCUUCCCCGCCCGACUGCUGGACGACAUCCGAAACUUCGUGGAGUCCGACUGUGCGGGGACGAUCGAGAAGUCGGAAGUGGCGGGUGCAGAGAGGGAGGCGGAAGCAAAGACGGAGCCACGGACGGAGGACCAGUCCGUGGCAAACGCGCCUGCCGCGGCGGCACCGACGCUGAGGAGUUUGAUCUUUGUGUGCGACCCCAGCCACUACAGAGAGCUGGACAGACUUGCCACCAAGACCUAUGCCGGCGAGAGUGUGGCGCUGCAUGUGGUGACCCAGAAUGUGGUGUCAGCCACACUGCCGACAGGAGGCGAGGGCUAUGCGCCCAAGGGCUCCUCGAUCCAAGCGGCGCCCAAAGUGGAAGCGAAGAAAGGCGGGGCGCGCUGCUCCUCCUGCGAUGCUGCGUUUGACGACCCGGCGGAGUACCGGGGACACUGCCGCUCCGAGUGGCACAACUUCAACCUGAAGCGGUGCCUUCGCCACGUCCGGGUGCAGUGGGUUGGACGUGCCGGAGCGGGCGGCGACCGACAUUUGCUGCUAGUCCAGAGGUUUUUACUUCUGGACGGCGGCAUUGGACAAGGCCAGGGAUCCUUCAAGGAGCUGUGGAGCACUGAGGCCUCGGCCAACGUGCAGUUCUGGCGGCUGGAGCAGAGUCUGGUGACACGCGCUCACUUCCGAUCGGCCCAUCUGAUUCCGAUGAUGGCCUACGACCCUUCGAUCCAGGCCUGGUCCACCGUGGGGCUGACCUUGGCGCCGCAGGUGAGGCGGAGCCUUUGCGAGUUGGGGCCCUCGUACAUCAAGCUGGGCCAGGCCCUUGCCUCACGCCCUGACCUGGUGGGCGUUCAGGUGGCCGAUGAGCUGAUCCAAUUGCAGGACCAGCUGCCGCCCUUCGACUCAGAGGAGGCCUUGCGGGUGGUGCGUGAGGAGCUGUGCGAAGUGCAGGAUGAAGCGGCCACGGAGUUGCUGCAGUCUCUGGAGGGUGCGGAGGUCGUGGCCGCUGCAUCGCUGGGCCAGGUGUAUCGAGGCUUCGUGCGCGGCCGGGCGGUGGCGGUGAAGGUGCAGCGCCCGGACGCCCGGCGCCUCGCGGCGGUGGACGCUGCACUUCUCAGGUCUUUGGCUCGCCUAGUGGAGGGCCUACGUGACCUGCGAGGCGAACGCUUGGUCCGCGCCAACGUCUUAGGUGCUGUGGAUGAGUUCUGCUCUCGGCUCUUCGAGGAGCUGGACUACCGCCGCGAGGCCGACAACGCGGAGCGGUUCCUGGCUCUGUAUGGCAAGCAGGGCAAAUUCGCGGCGCAGCUGCCCAAGCCAGGCUUAAAGAUCCCAGAGCUCGAGCGCGACCUUUGCGGGCGUCGCAUUCUGGUCAUGGAGUGGGUGGAAGGCGAGCGCUUGGUUGCGUCAGCCCCCAGCACGGCAUGCAGCGUGGUGGACGUCAGUGAGGAUCUGCCCUUAGUUGAGAUGGGCAUCACGGCUACUCUCUUGCAGCUGCUGGGCACCGGGGUGAUGCAUACGGACCCCCAUGGGGGGAAUCUUCUGAAGGGCCCGCCUUUGAAGCUCAAGGGCAAGUCGAAUCAGCCCCUGAGGCAGCUGGUGUACUUGGACUUCGGGCUGAUUGCAGAUGUGCCACUGCAGGUUCGCGAGGGCCUGGUGUGUGCAGUGAUGUACAUGGUCCAGAAGCGCUGGGCGGAUGUGGCGGGGCUCUUCAACCAGCUCAUGCUGUUGCCUGACUGGGUGCUGGCAGAUGCUGAGACGCUGGAGAGCUUUACCCAGGACAUCGAAGCAGCAGCUAAGGAAGCCCUUAGCUUCGGCGACGACUCUGAGGUGCCUUCCCUCCGCUUCGCAGCGCUCUUGGAGCAGCUGGCCUUCCUGGCGCCAAGGUACGAGUUUCAGCUUCCGCCCUACUUCCUGAACAAUGCGCGAGCGCUGGGAUGCUUGGAAGGCAUGGCUCGGACCGUGGAUCCGGAGUUCAACAUCCUGCGGAAGGUGUAUCCCUUUGCCCUGAAGCGGCUCUUGUCUAAUCCCUCCGAUUCCCCAGUGCUGCGCAAGACGCUGCGUGACCUCUGCGAGGAGGGCGGUCGCCUGCGCCUCUCGCGUGCCCAGAAGCUGGUGGCAGAUGCCGCGCGGCUCACCAGGAAGUCCCCGCGCUCCGUAGCGGCGGACGCUUUGCGCAGCCGUGGGGGGCGGCGGUUCCUGCGGUCGCUGCUGCGCAGCGAAGCGUGA